ACUAAGUAAGAAGACGGACCGCGAAACAGUAUGUAGUCAGAAAUAAAAUUGUGCCAAUAUCGAUGUUUUCACCGAAAUUAUGCUGCAUUUCAGGCAGUUCAUUGCUCUUUCUGAAGUCUAUUAAGUGUGUUCUGUCAUCUUCAUGUCAUGGCCAAGUCUCUAAUACACAGCUUUCAGCACAGAUUAAAUCUAAACCUCAGAGGCAGCUUUGUAAGACUGUACUGAAUCAUUUUGAUAGACAGUACAGCGAAGAGCUUGGAGAGCAGUGGUGUGAUGCAAGGGAUGUGCUUCUGAAUCCACUCUCAUGGCAAUAUGGCGUCCUGCUUAAUCGGUUCAGUGACCUUACAAACCUCAAGCAGUGUCUUGCAGAGCUCGGUUACACAAACCUCCUUCCACAGACCCAUCCUGAAUCCCAUUCGCAAACAGCAGACAUCCCUCUGCAGUGUUUUAUUCACCCAGAUCCAGUGCGUAUUCCCACACAAAGCCACCACACAGGCUGGCUGAAGCAGUACUACCUCCUGAAUGCAGCCUCUCUUCUCCCUGUACUGACUUUGAAUGUGCAGGAAGGAGAAAAUGUGCUUGAUCUUUGUGCAGCUCCUGGAGGGAAAAGCCUGGCCAUAUUACAGACAGCAACUCCUGGUCUUUUGCACUGUAAUGAAGUGGAUCAGCACAGACAGGAUUGGCUACUGAAGACACUUGAAUCAUAUGUUCCUCCUACACUAAGGCAUCUGCUUUCAGUGACUCUUCUGGAUGGCCGUAGCAUUGGGAGCAUGCAACCAGGAGCUUACGACAAGGUGCUUGUAGAUGCCCCAUGCUCUAAUGACCGGAGUUGGCUUUAUACCCCUGACACCCACCGGGGGGAAAUGUGGCUGAAGGAGAGAACUCAACUACCACUCUUACAGAAGGAGCUGCUCUGUUCGGCCCUAGCAGCAGUACGUCCUGGUGGAAUUGUUGUCUACUCUACUUGCACCAUGUCACAAGCUGAGAACCAGUCAGUUGUGGAGGAGGUCCUUGCGUCGUAUCCAGGAGUGGAGCAUCUGGACCUGGAGGAGCAAUUCAUUGACACUCUGUCUGAUCAUUUCUGCUUUGCCCACCUCCAUCCUUCAGUGGGACAACUAGUGAUCCCGCAAAAGGGUAAAACUUGGGGACCUAUGUAUGUUUCUCAAUUAAAGAAAAUAUAUUAAAAUAUUAAAUGGUUACAUGGUGCAAAUGUUUUGCUUAUAAUA